AUGGCUUCGAUCUUGCGACAGAUUGUCGCGGGGCCGCGAGCUCGGCAUCCUGAGGCUGGCUUGGACUUGUGCUACGUUACAGAUCAUAUCAUCGCGGCAUCUGGUCCUUCAGAAACAUAUCCCCAACUCGCAUACCGAAACCCUCUCGACCAGCUCGUCAAAUUCCUCGAUUCGAAACACGGUGAAGACUGGGCUAUAUGGGAGUUUCGCGCCGAAGGAACAGGCUAUCCUGAUGAAUCUGUAUAUGGUCGCGUGAGGCAUUACCCAUGGCCUGAUCACCACCCACCUCCAUUCAGACUCGUGCCCAUGAUCAUGGCCAGUAUGCGCAAUUGGUUACAUGGCGGAGAACUAGGCGGUGGUGCCGUCGCGGGCGACGGAAGACCCAUGUCUUCUGGUAAAGAUGUUGUUACCGAGGCACAAAGGAAAGAGAAGCGCGAUAAGAGAGUGGUGGUGGUUCAUUGCAAAGCUGGCAAGGGACGGAGUGGUACAGUGAGCUGCAGUUAUCUCAUCGCAGAGGAGGGCUGGAAACCCGAAGAUGCCCUUGCGCGCUUCACGGAACGACGAAUGCGACCGCGAUUUGGUGCUGGUGUCUCGAUCCCUUCACAAUUGCGCUGGAUCAGCUAUGUGGAACGCUGGACAAAAGGCGGCAAGAAGUAUACCGACCGACCCAUCGAGAUCCCUGAGAUUCACGUCUGGGGUUUGCGUAACGGCGUAAAGGUUGAUAUUGAGGGUUUUGCGGAUGAGGGCAAGAAGAUCGAUGUCUUUCACACCUUCAAAAAGGAAGAGCGUGUAGUUGUUGAUCCUGAAGCACCUGAGGAGAGUGGUAUUAGCGAUAUGAUAUGGGAAAUGGCCGGCUACUCGGUCACCAAGCAGAAGGAGAAAGCUCCUGAUGAAGCUCACUUUUCAGAGGCAACAAACCCAGGUGAAACACCAGCAUCGGCAACUGAGGAAAAGGGGCAUAUUGGCAAGGCGAAGACCAUCAAACGAAAGGGCACAGAGAUGCUUCACAAGGUCUCGCCCGCAGGUUCCCAUAAGGGCGUUGAGAGAACCAAGAAUGACUCUGCUACAUCGUCCAAGACCGAUGUCACAGAAGCAAACUCGGAGGAAGAACCAGGCGGCAUGGCGGUUAUUCUAAGACCCAAGGCCCCCAUCCGCAUUCCCAACAGCGAUGUCAACAUCUCAGUCGAGCGUCGUAACAAGACCCCCAAGAGCAUGGGCCUUACCAUGGUAACAGCCGUCGCACACGUAUGGUUCAACACGUUCUUCGAAGGCCAAGGUCCCGAACGAGACGGCAAGGCCCUCGAUAGCGGCGUCUUCAGCAUCGAAUGGGACGCCAUGGACGGAAUCAAAGGAUCCAGCCGCAAGGGUUCACGGGCGUUUGAUCGAAUUGCUGUAGUAUGGCGCGUCGCCGGCACAGACGCUCUACCUGAAGAAGUUCUCGAGCCAGAAGAGGGACAGCCCGUGCCGCAGGUCCGACCGGCGGAUUGGAAGGGUGCGAAUAUGGAAGAUCCAGACAAUCAGAAAGAUUUGGGCCUUAGGGUUCAGAGUCCUGCGAGUGCGGAUGUUAGCAAAGCGAGUAGUGUCAAGAGUGCUGAGGAGACGGUUGCGAAUAAGGAUGGAGGGGAGUUGGAGGGUGUCAAGUCGAGUGGACCGUCGGGAGAGGAUUUGCUGAUUGGGGAUCAUGGGGAGGUCAAGGGGGAGACGAUGGCUUAG